AUGGCUUUACUAUCAUUAUCGUCGGGUGCUUACUCCUGUCAAGCCGCCGGGACGCCGAACCUGGCAAAAUCCUCACUCUUGUGCCGGAUCAACGGCGCACUGAAAGCCACCAUAUCUCUCCCUAAUGAUGCAGUGCAGUCCUGCUCUGCGACGACCAUCUCUCCGCCGGACUCGAUAGCAUCACCCUCCACGGCGGCCUGCUCUUCUGGCACGAUUCCCACUUCACGCAAAGACAGACAUCUCCACUCCACCGCACCUCCUUGCUGGCUCUUCCGCCUCGCCGAGGUCGCGCGUCACGUCUCGGGGGCCAUCCGCAUGCCCUCACUACCACCGUUCACCAUGUCAAGAUCGUCGGCAACUGCGAUCCCGGGGACGCCGAGAGUGAUCUCCCCUUCGCCGACGCCUUCUGAGACCCGCGAUGCGUCGCAAGAUGGAUACUUUGGGCCCGUAACGAGAUCUGCGCGGAGGAAGAAGGCGGCAGCGGCUUCUGCGAUACACAUCGACGAGGGGAUCGAUGAGGAUGACAAGGAUCAGGAUCUCGAGCCGAGGAGGGCCAGGACCAAGAGUCGAAGUCCCAUGAGAACGCGGACCAUCUCAGGCCUCACCUCUGCGAAAUCAGCCGCGAAUGCGAAGCUCCCUACGUUGGUAGAAACCGGGAAAGAGAAUGAGAACGGGCACGCGGCUACCCUUGCGCCUGCCGCCAACGGGCACCUCUCGCCCAUCGCGGCGCAGGGUCCGGGUUGGAGCUGGAGGGAUCUCAGUCGGAGCCCGAGUCCGCUGGGCUUGAUCCCCAUCCACCGACAAUGGCGCUCAUUUGUGCACCGACACGAGGUCCCGCGAAAGGUGCUGCACGUAUCAAUCGGAUUCUUCACUCUCUGGUUCUACGUCUCGGGUCUUCAGACUAACGCUAUCACACCUUAUCUCAUGUCGGCCCUGAUUCCCAUCGCUGCGACAGACUAUCUACGACACACCUACCCGUCCCUCAACCGCUUCUAUGUCCGACUUCUCGGCGCUCUGAUGCGCGAAACCGAGUAUGCGGGAUGGAACGGGGUCAUCUGGUAUCUGCUCGGUGCCUGGAUCGUUCUCUUCUUCUUUCCCAAGGACGUCGGGGUGAUGGGAAUCCUCCUCCUCAGCUGGUGUGAUACCGCCGCGAGUACCAUCGGACGGGCGUACGGCCAUUACACGCCGCGCAUCAGGCGCGGCAAGUCGUUGGCCGGGUCGCUGGCUGCGUUUGCGGUGGGCGUGAUCACUGCGGCCUCGUUCUGGGGGUGGUUGGCCCCGCGAACCGGACCCUUUGUUGACGAUGUCAACUGGCCGUUUAUGUUUCAGGGGACGUUGUCCCUGGGCCGUUUUGGCUUGAGCCAAGCGAGCAUUUCCGGGGGAUGGGCAUUGGGGGUUAUGAGUCUCUGGACCGGAUUUAUCGCGUCGGCGAGCGAGAUGGUGGAUAUCUUUGGAUGGGACGACAACCUGACGAUACCGGUGCUCAGCGGGAUUGGGAUGUGGGGGUUCCUGAAGAUCUUUGGCUAG